UCACAGAUGUGAAUUGAUGUGAAUUGUGAAGUGAAAGUGGUGAUAACCUAAAAAUAGUUAAGAAAUUGGAAGAAAAAAUCAUAAUAAAUAAAAAUGGAGUUAAAUGAAAGGAUUCUAAAAUACUUAGAUGCAUUUGAUAAGGUGGACACUCUAAAUUUAGCUAGUGAAUUUAACGAAGAUCACCAAAAAGUGGUGGGUGCUGUGAAAAGUUUGGAAGCACUUGAGAUGGUUAUUUCGGAAGGUGUAAAAAGUACUAAAUGGGAGUUAACUGAUGAAGGGAAGUUAGUUGCUGAGAUGGGCAGUCAUGAAGCUGUGUUAUAUCGAAGCAUUCCUGACGCUGGGAUCUCACAAGCUGAAGUUAUGAAGACUGUACCCAAUGCAAAAUUAGGGUUUAGCAAAGCCAUGUCAUUAGGAUGGAUAGCUAUUGACAAAUCCAGUGGGGCACCAUUAGUGAAACGGAAAACAGAAACAAUCACGGAUGCAGUGCAAGACCACCUCAAUGAGAUUAAAAAGGGUAUAGACACAUUACCAGAUAAAGUGAGAAGUGAUUACAAGAAACGAAAACUUCUACAAGAAAUCACAGUAAAAAGUUUUGUGUUAACAAAAGGACCGCAGUUUGCAACAUCAAUUAGGAAGCUAGAAACAGACUUGACAACUGAAAUGCUGUUGACAGGGUCUUGGAAGCAGUUGCAGUUCAAACAAUAUAACUUUGAUGCACUAGGUCAACCCCCAGAAUGUGGACACUUGCACCCACUCCUCAAAGUGCGUUCAGAGUUCCGUGAGAUCUUCCUAGAGAUGGGUUUCACGGAGAUGCCCACAAACCAGUAUGUGGAGAGCUCGUUCUGGAACUUCGACGCCCUGUUCCAGCCGCAACAGCACCCGGCGCGCGACGCCCACGACACCUUCUUUAUAUCCUCCCCUGCUGUAUCCACUGACUUCCCUAUGGACUACUUGGAAAGGGUUAAGAAGGUCCACAGUGAAGGAGGUUAUGGGUCACAGGGCUACGGCUACUGCUGGAAGAUCGAGGAAGCGCAGAAGAACUUGCUGCGCACACACACGACGGCCGUGAGCGCGCGGAUGCUGUACGCACUCGCGCAGCAAGCCCAGUUCACUCCACAGAAGUACUUCAGCAUUGAUAAGGUAUUCCGCAACGAGACCCUGGACGCCACCCACCUGGCGGAGUUCCACCAGGUGGAGGGCGUGGUGGCGGGGCGCGGGCUGGGCCUGGCCGACCUCAUCAGCAUUCUCGACGCGUUCUUCGCGCGCCUCGGCUUCCAGCGCCUGCAGUUCAAGCCCGCGUACAACCCUUACACUGAACCCAGUAUGGAGAUCUUCGCUUUCCAUGAAGGUCUCGGGAAAUGGAUCGAGAUCGGAAACUCCGGGGUCUUCCGGCCAGAGAUGCUGCUUCCGAUGGGCUUACCGGAAGACGUCUCGGUCAUAGCGUGGGGACUCUCGCUGGAGAGGCCCACGAUGAUCAAGUACGGCCUGAACAACAUCCGCGACCUCGUGGGACCCAAGGUCGACUUGCAGAUGGUGCAGGACAACCCGAUAUGUAGGCUUGAUAAGUGAUUGCUAAUAUAUUGUUUAAAUUA